CCCGCCCCGCGGCUGCUCCUCCCCGCUGCCGCAGCGAACGUGGCAGGUCCCCAGGAGGAAGAGGAGGAGGAGAGAGGAGGUGGUUGCUGUUGCGGCUGCCGCUGAAGCCGCCGCCUCCCCGGUCCCGCCUCCCGCCAUUUUGAGUCCCCGGAGCCGGGAGAGCGAAGAAGAGCUUCCCCCUCGGGCGGGCUGUGGGAGGCCGCGGCGGCGACCCCUUUCCUCCCUACCCGCCACCGCUUCAGUGAGGCGAGGAAAAAGGGGCUGGCGGGCGGAAGCGUACGCGUGAGGGACUGAGGUGCUUUUACUCUUAGCUCUGUGUUGCUGAAGGAAAAUGAUGGAAGAGAGCGGGAUAGAGACGACUCCACCUGGAACGCCCCCACUGAGCACAGCGGGGGCGGGGCCUGCACCCACCACCACUGCCCCAGUCUCAUUAGCCUUAACUCCUUCCCUCCCUCCUCCCUCCUCUUUUCCUCCUUCCCAAGCACCAUUUUCUUCGCCUUUGCCAUCUGCAGGCUCCUCUCUUCCAUCCAUGACGACAUCCCCGGUGCCUUUGCCUUUCGUGCCUCCCAUGGCCCUUUCAGCGGGUGCCUCCCUUGGGACCUCGAGGCCACCCAUGAUGACACCGCCAGUCGCCUCGUCCCCUUUCACUAGCCCCCGUCCCCAGUUCUCAUCCCCUCCACCCCUGAGUUCAACUCCUGGCCCUGUGCUUUCCGCCCCUCCCACUGGUCCUCCCAUAUCAGGGUUUUCUAUGGCAUCGACCCACGACAUCACCAAAGGCCAUGCGGGACGAGCACCACAGACGCCCCUGAUGCCCUCGUUUUCUGCACCUUCAGUUACCGGUGUCUUCACCGGCCCGGCAUCACAGCAGCCCUGUGGGCCACCCCCACUGGCACCUGGCUUUGGAGCAGGCUCUUCAAUUACUUUCCCAGAGCAACACGAAGACCCCCGGGGAGCUGUUGUGCAGAGUGACGCAUCUGCUGGAGGAGGACUAUGGGGCUUUAUCAAAGGUGUGGCGGGGAAUCCUGUGGUGAAGUCCGUGCUGGAUAAAACCAAGCACUCAAUGGAGACGAUGAUCACGACUCUGGAUCCUGGCAUGGCUCCCUAUAUCAAAUCUGGGGGAGAACUGGACAUUGUAGUCACUUCUACUAAAGAAGUCAAGGUUGCUGCUGUAAGAGAAGCUUUUCAGGAAGUGUUUGGAAUGGCCACAGUUACAGGAGAAGCUGGGCAGUCCAACAUUGCACCACAGCCAGUUGGCUACGCAGCUGGAUUGAAGGGAGCUCAAGAAAGGAUUGACAGCUUGCGCAGGACAGGAGUCAUUCAUGAGAAGCAGCCUGCCGUGUCUGUGGAAAAUUUCAUUGCGGAAUUGCUUCCUGACAAGUGGUUUGAUAUUGGCUGCCUAAUUGUCGAGGAUCCCAUCCAUGGCAUUCACCUCGAAACAUUUACACAAGCAACGCCAGUGCCUUUGGAAUAUGUACAACAGGCUCAAAGUCUAACUCCUCAGGAUUAUAACCUAAGAUGGUCAGGUUUGUUGGUGACAGUGGGGGAAGUGAUAGAGAAGCAAUUACUGCACGUCAACAGAACGGAUUGGCACUCUGCAUUCACCGGCAUGUCCCGUCGACAGAUGAUCUACAGCACAGCCAAAGCUAUUGCAGGGAUGUACAAGCAGCGUUUACCACCCAGGAGCAUUUGAGAGGAAACUGACUCUGAAAAUGACGCAUUCCUUAAAAACUGGUGUUGAAAAGAAAUGGUUGCAUCUGUUCGAUGGCCCUCUGUUGACGCCCCUCAGUUUUGUAAUCUACAUAUAAAAUGUAAUUUUGUUUUAAAAGUGAAGGUUUCAUUUCAAACACUAAAUCAGGGAUGGGAAUCCUGAUGCUGUUGGACUCCAAACUCCCAUCAGCCCCGGCAGACAGCAUGGCCAGGAGUCAGGGAUGAUGGGAGUUGCAGUCCAGAAACAACCGGAGGCCCCUCUCCAACAUGUCCCCCACCCUUGAACCAAAUGGGUGUUUGACAGACAUUUUGGAUUUUAUUUAAGAGGCAUGUUAGUCAUUCACAGCACCUAGGAUAGGUUUGGAAUCCAAGGCCAGAGUCACUGGCAUAUGUGUUGCAGGUGUGCUCAGAUUUGGUUAGGGUUUCAAAGAGGAAGCUGUUUGUAAAGUUCCUCUUUGCAGUCAUCCUCCUUAACACCAGGGGGUCAAGAAGCAGACAAAUGAAACCUAUUUUCUUGGUUAUAUUUCACAGCAAAGAAAAAUAUCAGAAAUCACCUAGCUAAGUGCCUUUUGCUGCAUAAAUAGGUACAAGGCUGCAAUUGUUAACUUUUACAAUGCAUCUUAAGCUAUGGGCCAUUACUGAGCAAUUUGUUUACCUCCAUCGCAAAUGCUGCCCCAGGUUGUAUGCUCAAAAUUGUGCAUAUUUAUAAACUGCACAGAGUAUUUUGAUAAUUUUUUUUAAAAAAAACCUCUUUCUGCCUUUCUCAAUUUCUACUUAGUCUUUAUCUUUUGUAGAUGCUUUCAAAAGACACUUUUAUAUAGACUAGUUAGCUAGUUUAUUAUAUUUUUAUCCAGUGAAAAAUCAGUAGUUUUUACAGUUAAUAUAUUUUGGCUUGCCAUGUAAAAUCAGAAUUAGAUGUUGCUCCUGUAGGAUUUUAAUUAUUCUUCUUCAAAAGGUUUUAAUACUUCAUCACUGGACCUUUCCAAAAGCAUGAGUAUGGCCAUGGUUUGAUUCUGACAGAACAAAGUGUUUUUGGUGAGUUAGUGGGUAUAUAGGGAGAGAAAAUCUUGCUAUAUUUAUUUUGUGUUAUCAAUGCAACAGGGAAAACUCAACUAGAGAGAGAAUGAGUACAUCUUUUUCUUCACAAGCACCAAAAGUUCCAUUCCUUAUGUACCCUCUUGGAAAAUCUUAUGAGGGAUGUAUAAAAGCAUUAAAUGUUUCAUGUUCAAUCACGUCUGA